AUGGUCAAAUCUAAGAACGACACUGCAGAAGAUAGAGAAGGCUCGACGCAUGCCUGGCCUAACAAGAAGAUCAGGUUAUCAAACACGGGGGCAUCUAAUGAAAUUCCGGAAGGAACUGAAAUUGGUGAAGGAGGAGGAGAUCCUACUGGAGAAGCGCAACACGCUGAGGCGACUGAUGAUGACCAACAUAGAUCCAAGCAAGAUUCAAUUGGGACAGUCGCAACUGCCAAUCCAACACCAUCAGAUGCCAUUUCACCUACAACUGUUGGUAAACGAGGUGGUGGAGCAACCCAACCGACUCUAUCGGUUCGGACUGUGAUCCCUAACCCAACUAAGCUGCUCAUAGAUGAGGCAGAAGUAAAAGACUACGGAAAUGAACUGAAGGCACGUCUUCACAAGUUAUCGAACUACACAAAUGAGAAGGCCCACGUGUAUGCUCUUGGAAGGCUAUUGCUGACUGCUACGUGGGGACAAUAUAAAGCGGUCAACGACCGCAGCAAAACAUUAUGCGAUCCGGCCACCGGAGAGCCACUCACCAUAUGGGUGGUAGGUCAUAUCACGCACAUGUGGUUUGCGAAGCGAGGAGUGCCUGAAAGUCAGGCUUCCAUCACCAUACUUCCUCUCGCACAGAAUCUAGCCCGACAGAGCGCGCAUUUGUUGGCCAAAUUUUCGAGUCCUGUGUUGGCUGUCAACCAACAGACGACGCACAACAUCAGGGCCAUCAAAUGGCAGAAUGCUAGGAACGAUGACAUACAAACAGAGGCGAUCCUCUUCGACUCUGUCUAUGACGCAAGAGGUGAAGGAUCCCUCAAAACUUAUGACGAACGACCACUGUGGAGUCUGGGAGAUUUGAAAGCGGGAGACCUUGUUCUGUUGGAGAUGAAGAUGACGCGGUAUUCGAGGAGAGGAGAAGACAACAAAUGGCAGUCACGAGCGCAGUACGAGAUGCUUGCGAUUUCACUUCUCAACAUAGGGCCUGCUCCCGAAGCAGAAGCUGAAGGAAUGAGUAAAAUUGAUGGGUUGGCUAUCUAA